AUGCUCUCCUCCUCCUCCUCCUCCAACCUAGGUCUUUUGUUUGGCCUUGGCCCACUCUUGAUGGGUGUUGUGGACGUAAUUACAUACAUUGUCAUUGUACUUCUCAAUGUAAAUAUCAUACUGAUUGUAUUGAAGGACAAGUCUCUUCACGAGCAACCCAUGUAUCUUUUUCUGUGUUGCCUGUUAUUCAACUCUCUGUACGGCAGCUCUGCACUGUUUCCGAGACUUUCUGCUGAUCUUCUAUCCAGAACUCAUGCAAUAUCGCGCCCUGCGUGCUUCACACAAUUGUUCCUUAUUUACACCUAUGCAGUUUCUGAAUUUGCUUUACUUGCUGUUAUGGCGUAUGAUAGAUAUGUGGCCAUAUGUGACCCUCUGCACUAUCACAGUAUCAUGACACAGAGAAAGACGUUUCUGCUUGUUUUAUGUGCCUUUUCCUGGUCAAUAUUCUUCAUAUCACUUCCAUUCUAUUUGUCCAUAAGGUUACCGCUGUGUGGUAAUCAAAUAACAAGAUUGUAUUGUGCAAAUUGGUCUGUGGUGAGGCUUUCCUGUGUGUCUACUGUAGCAAACAAUAUCUGUGGGUUUUUUGUUACUGUGACGACCAUAUUUGUGCCUGCAAGUUUCAUAUUGUUCACAUACAUCAGGAUUCUCAUUGUCUGUAGAAAAAGCACAGCAGAGUUUCGAGGCAAAGCAUUGCAAACAUGUCUACCGCACAUUGUCAGUUUUGUUACCUAUUCCAUAGCAGUCUUUUCUGAUAUUGCACUUAGUCGAUAUGAACCUGGUCAAAUUAUAAAUGCUGUAGCUUUAAUAAUUUCUCUUGAAUUCAUUUUGAUUCCACCAUUACUGAAUCCUCUGAUAUAUGGCCUAAACUUACCUGAUAUCCGAAGGAGAAUUCUAAGAAUUAAAAUUUCAUUAAAAGUUGAUUUAACUCAAUAG